AUGGAAGGCGAACCCGGAGGCACAUCAUGUGGCGCCAUCCGUGGGACUCCGCAACAAAUAGCCAAUGACGAAAACACAGUUGCUAAUGCGAGUCCUAUCACGAGAAUACAGACUAUCGAGGGAAACGAAAAAACACCACAAUUCUCGACGUUAGAAGAAGAAGAAGAAGAAGAAGAAGAAGAAGAAGAAGAAGAAGAAGAAGAAGAAAAAGAAGAAGAAGAAGAAAUGAAGGAAUUCGAAGCCUUUAAAAUUUUCUAA